CUCCGCAUGCUCACCUCUCUUAAACGAUUCUCAGUCGAAUCUACAAUGGAUGUGGAUCGCUUUCCGGAUGAUGAAGGUCUGCUGCCUCCCCCUUCGUUAACUUUUCUUGAGAUCUCUAAUCAGGAGAAUCUUAAAUCGAUAUCCAGAGGCCUCCAACACCUCACCUCCCUUGAAGUAUUAAACAUUUUUGAGUGCCCUAUACUCCGGUUCUUCCCCAGGGAGGGCUUCCCUCUCUCACUUGGAUGUAUACGUAUCCGUAGCAGCCCUCUUCUGGAGGAACGAUGCUUGAAAGAGAAAGGAGAUUAUUGGUCCAUCAUUGCCCACAUCCCCAAAGUUGAUAUCUUUGUUCCGAAGGAUUUGAAAGAGAAAAAAAGUGAGAUAAUCAGGCAAGCAAUGGAUUAAAUUGAGGAAAUAAGUUUGGCUGGUCUGUUGCCCAGGAUGGAACCCCUGCAAGUUGCAACUCCAACAUAAUUUUUUGUGAUCAUGAGCAAGUAUCAAGUCUCCAUCACUUAAUAUUAGGGAUCCAAGAUUUUAAGGCGGCUUAAGUUCCGACAGACAGUCUUCAAUCAAACAAGGAGGCUUGCCUGUUUCAUCAUCUUUAACAUACAAGUUAAGGAGACUUACAGGCAUUCUAUUAUUCUUGGAUGCAAUUCGGUGUCUGAUGUUCAUUUAUGCGGGCAAACUGUACUUUACAAGCCUGUGCAGAGGCCAAAUGAAAGGCUGCAUCUCAAAUCAGUGGUGGCAAAAAGUUAGGCAAACUACACUAAAUUUUUGUAAUGCAGAUGCAAAAUGUGUGGAGGCAAAUUUCAUCAUGUUAUUCACAGCAAUGAGUUGUACCGCAUGAACGGUUCUCAUCGUUGAGAGGACUCCUUCUCUGGGUCUUUUCAGCACACGUCUACACAGCGUAGCUUUACCUCUUUCUUAUUGUUUGAAAGACGCUUUCUUAUGCGAGAAGGAGUUCUUUGCAUCAAUGGUCGUGGAUGCUGUGAUUGCAAUUGGGAAUGAUGACAGGCUAAAUAUGAUUGGAAUAAAGAAGGUCCCAGGUGGUACUAUGCGAGAUUCAUUUCUGGUUAAUGGUGUUGCCUUUCAAAAGACGUUUUCUUAUGCGGGGUUUGAACAACAACCAAAGAAGUUUGUGAAUCCCAAGAUGCUCUUACUCAACAUUGAGUUGGAGCUGAAAUCUGAGAAAGAAAAUGCUGAGAUAAGGCUGUCAGAUCCAUCUCAGUACCAGUCCAUUGUUGAUGCGGAAUGGAAUAUCAUUUAUGACAAGUUGGAUAAAUGUGUGCAAAGUGGGGCAAAAGUGGUUCUUUCACGCCUUGCAAUCGGUGAUCUGGCAACACAGUAUUUUGCUGAUCGAGAUAUAUUCUGUGCUGGUCGUGUAAGUGAAGAAGAUCUGCAAAGAGUUGCUGCGGCAACUGGUGGAACUGUACAGACAACUGUCAACAACAUAAUUGAUGAGGUUCUUGGGACUUGUGAGAUUUUUGAGGAAAAGCAAGUUGGAAAUGAGAGGUUUAAUAUUUUCAGCGGAUGCCCUUCUGGAAGGACAGCCACCAUUGUUCUUCGUGGUGGAGCUGACCAGGAUGGUAACCGUUGAUAUUACGGGUAAGCUGAUUGUUUCCCAUCAUAAAUGAUGUUGCAGUCUGAAAGUGCUCAGGGAGAAGCUGCUGCAAGUGCUAUGGGUGGACGUGGGGGAGGUGGUUUCCGUGGCCGUGGACGGGGGAUGCGAAGACGAUGAUGAGCUCACCAAAUAGCAAUUUUCUUGGAAGUGUAGGUGGAUUAGUCAAACAUUUGUCUACUUGAUUUCAGUUUAUUAUGGGUUUCAAGUUGAUGUUCAAUCUUGAUGGCUGGGAUUUUGAACCCGAGUGGCCUUUUCUGUCUAGCUUCUUUCUGGAUUAUGACAGCAGAUUAUUUUUCCAGCGUGCCCUACCCCCUUGUCUGUAGGAGAUUUUUCUUGAAAUUUUUUGUUUCCUUUAUUUCAGAAGAAAUGGUAGAAGGCAAUAGCACGCACUCUUUUUUUA